AUUUUAAGGCUGAAAUAUAUUCAAAGUGCUCCUCACAUGGCAAGUAUUAAAUGAAUGAUGGUUGUUUUCAGUUGAAUUUAUUCACACAACUUUUUUUCUCUUUAGAGAACCCGAGCCCAGCACAUCGUACCCUGUACUAUAUCUCAGUUGCUUUCUGCCACUCUCACAGAUGAAGUAUUCAAAAUUGGGAAUGUUGAAAUUUCACAGGUCACUAUUGUGGGAAUAAUCAGACAUGCAGAAAAGGCUCCAACCAAUAUUGUUUACAAAGUAGAUGACAUGACUGCUUCACCGAUGGAUGUUCGUCAGUGGGUUGACACAGAUGAUGCCAGCAGUGAAAACACUGUGGUUCCUCCAGAAACAUACGUGAAAGUGGCUGGCCACCUCAGAUCUUUUCAGAACAAAAAGAGCCUUGUGGCAUUUAAGAUCAUGCCCUUGGAGGACAUGAAUGAGUUCACCACACAUAUUCUUGAAGUGGUCAAUGCACACAUGAUGCUGACCAAGUCCAACAGCCAGCCCAUGGCAGGAAGACCCUCUCUCAGCAACCCAGGAAUGAGCGAUGCAGGGAGCUUCAGUGGGAAUAGCUUCAUGCCCUCCAAUGGCCUCACUGUGGUUCAGAAUCAGGUGCUGAGCUUGAUUAAGGCUUGCCCAAGACCUGAAGGAUUGAACUUUCAGGAUCUCCGGAACCAGCUCCAGCAUAUGCCUAUAGCCACUAUUAAGCAAGCUGUGGAUUUUCUUAGCAACGAGGGACAUAUUUAUUCUACUGUGGAUGAUGAUCACUUUAAGUCCACAGAUGCAGAAUAACUGGAUCUCCUUGAGUAUCUGAGAGAUUGCCAGCUGGACCUGGUUUUCACAAUCUGUUUGCUCCAGCUGUACGUGUUUGGCCAGGUGAUUUCUAGGAAGGAGGUUUUGUGCUGAUGGCUUCCUGCUCUCCUGUUUUUGUUUUUGUUGUUUAGAAACUGAAAGGAAAAUGAGCACUUGACAGGGAGGUAAACCAAGGUGGGGUUCGUUAAAGGAGUUCCAAAUAAGCUUACAGGAUAAAAAAGAUUUAUAAGAGGAAUGCUACAGAGACGAUAGGGCAAUAUUAAUGUCAGGGUUUAUUCUUAAAACAUAUUCCUAUUGAGGACAUGAGCCUGAUCAGGACCGGCCUGUGGGCAGAGAGUCUACUGAGGGACCCACUACCUUCUGCCCUAUUUUUGUUACUCUGGUUCUGUAACAUUACUUUUCAAAAUUGCACUUUCCUUCCUUUCUUGCCUUCCAUGCUGCUGUAAAGGAGGUUUGUGUGAACAUGAGGUUCUUGAUUGGGGUGGCCUCAAGGGGCAGAGGAAAGGAAGAAAUGUUACUAUGUUUUGUAUUAUUAAAAAAAAAAAAAGUACAUCCAAAUGUUUAAUGAACUGUUCUGUUAUUGCAAUAGCUUGUGAGUGAAAUAUUUUCCCUUUUUCUGAGCUGAUGCAAUUGCCGCUUUGUCAUCUAAGACAGUGUAGCAUAAUUAUAAUAAAAUUUGGAUUUGAA